AUGGUGCCGUCCUCAUUAACAGAACCAGACGCUGCGGCAGAGUCCUCCACCCGCGGUCGCUUCUACUCCAUCCUCCGAAAGCCAGCAUCGAACCUCGCCCUCCGAAUCUCAGACCUUGAUCGAUAUCGCCUCAACAUGUGGGAGGUCAGUUGGGCUGCUCCCAAGGAGUCGCGAAAGGAACAUCGUGAGAACAAAGCGGCGACCGGCAAAUCUGCGACAAAAGCGCGGUCAAUCUUCAGUCGCGGGUCUAACUCGUCGAGCGAGGCACCGUCGUUUGGGAACUUUUAUAAUAAGCGAAAGAAUGCCGAGAGAGGGAAUGACUCUGUGUCGUCGACGUCUUCGAAAGCGAGCGCUCUAGCGGGGAAUUAUGAGUUGGAGGCAGAUGAAGCUUCGACCUUUUCGGUGAGGAGUGAGCAGACGAAAAUCAAUAUGGCGAGGGUCGUUGAUCUCAGCGCAAGGCGAAAUGGACAGAUUCUGGAUCGCUCUCAAGACCUAUACGUUGGGGAUAACACGCUUCUUGAGCCGCCUUCACCAACACUCACAUCGUCAUCUGCGCCCUGGGAUACAGAAACUCUUGAGCGAGUCAUUAUACAGCCGUGGCCUCUCAUCCAAGCCUUGAGCGAUGACUCGUUUGUCGCGCGAAGUACGGAGGCGACAACAUCUCAACGCACAUCCUACGAUACACCGUAUCUCAUCAAUUGCGGUGUUACAAUCAUGGCGACACCCAGCAUCAAGUCUAAGCAUCGCGCCCGCUCACCAAGCACUCAAUCCCAACCUCAACGUCCACAGAGUAGUCGAUCACCAACCAAGGCCAAGACCCCACGACGCAUGCCAUCAUCCACGGCGUCACUACGUGUCGAGAGCAGCGAUGGUUGGCAGCCUCCAAGUGAAUGGGCCUGUACGCCCACUGAGCCCUCUUUCCAAUUCCCUGACGAACCUGUCCCCGAGCCAGAAGCUAUCAUCCCCAAGGAACUCAACGCGAUGCAGUUGGGUGUCAAGCAACUUGCCAAAGAGGACAACAUGGUCAGACUCAUACGUCUUGCUGAAGCGCAGGGUGUCAAUAAUCCGCCGAGCUUAUGUCAGGAUCUGGAAGUUGAGAAGAUGCAGUGGAUGCUUUCUGCCAUGUUCAACAUGGAUGGACCCGAGUAUUCUGAGAUCAAUGAUGAUCUUGAUGAUGAGUCGGCGGAUCCACCGAAGAGGAUCCUUGCUCUUUAUGAAACACCUGCUGUGACUUCAUACCUCGCUGCCGUGAAUCACUGCAAACAAGUCUACCAUCUCUCCGCAGCACCAUUAUCACCCUCUUCAUUUCCCAAUAUUCACCCUGUCCUCACACCAGUGCGAUCACCCUCCGCAUUCCCCGUCGCCCCAUCUACCGUUGAAGCCGUUCACUCACUGCGCCUUCCUCUCGCUAUGCCAUCACAGGAUAUCCCCGCUCUCUUACGAAACAUUCAUCGAUGUCUUGAGCCAGGUGGUUCAUUGCAACUCACCAUCAUCGAUCCCCUUCCCGUUACUAGCACUCUCGGUCCGCUUCUACGAGCGUGGAUUGAAGAUCAUCUUCUCUUCAACCUGGAAGCUAGUUUCCGUUGCACAAACCCAAGCAAGUUACUCCCUCUUUGGCUGAAUGGUGCAUCUCUACGUGUCGAUCCUGAUUGUAUCGAGACGACACCAUUCUUCGCUAUCCCGCUUGACAAUAGUCAGCUUCAGUAUGUGAGAGAAGGUCACAUAUCUGAAGAGGGUCUGAGACAAGAACUUCGUAAUCUUGUGGGGCGCAUGCUCUGGAUGGAAGUUUGGAGAGAAUACAUCGUCGCCGACCGCUGGUGGUGGGAAGAUCCUGAGAUUCUCCAAGAGUGCAUCCAGCAUCAGACGACAUGGGAAUGGAAGCUAAUUGAGGCAGUCAAGGAAACCUAA